AUGAAGGUAGACAACGACAAAGAGAAACCAUCCGACGUUAGCGUCGAAGGCGAGGGUGACAAGUCCCAGGCGUCUUCCAUUGGCAAACGCCUCAAGAAGAUUACCAGCAUCUUCUCCAAAAAGAAGAAUGCUGGUACCAGCGCUGGCAACAGCGUCAGCGCUAACGGCAGCAAGAAGCACAAGAAGUCAAAGAGCAAGAAGGGCAAGAAAGGAAACAAAAAGGAAGCUCAGAAUCCCGAGGCGACCAAAGACAAAUCGGAGGCUGCUGCGUCCGUUGGUGAUGACGAUGCCAAGGAUGCGGACGUUAUCAAGGAAACUCCCUCCAAGCCAGUUGUCUUGGAAUCGCACUACUACGAAACAACAGCAGGAGACGAAGACACCGAGUCAGAAGAUGACGAAGAGUGCAACUAUUCAGCACCGGCUGCCCUUGGAAUCAGGGAUGAACCUCCCGAAGAGGAACCACCUUCCUCUCCAAAGAAGGCAGAGAAGGACGAAAAAGAAGAAAACGUGGAGACUCCCAAUGAGGAAGAUAAGGACGACUUAGAUGUCAUGAAGGAGGAAAUAACUUCCAACCAAAACGAAGCAACCACCGUAUCAACGGGAGCUGAUGAGGUGGCAGACGCCGUCAACGGGAGCCUCUUUUGCUGCACAUUUCAGGACAUUCUUUUUGCGCUACAUUUCAGUGACGCCCCUGGUCCCAAUGGGUCUGAUCCUGUGUGCGGCGAGGCUAGCAAUGAUACUUCGUGUUUUGAAGCUUGCGCCCCUUCCACGACAUGUGUGCCUACCUGUGGACCAACCAAUGCUAUCAAGGCAGAUGGCAGCUUCACCAUGGAUGACUCUAGUGUUUCCAAGCCCAAGGACGAAGUUGAUGGUCCCUCUCCUCCUGUCCCCGGUGAAGCCAAAGCUGUCGCUGGCGAAGUUGAUGGAGACAAACCGGUAACGGCUGAACUACAAAUUGAAGUGGAGACUCCUACUGACGCCCCAGCCGAUACUGCGGACGAGAAAUCAGGCGAAGCUUCUGCUGAGAAGGCGGCCGAAGAUUCCGCCGAGAAGGCCGCCGCAGAUUCUGCCGAUGCCUCCUCACCUGAUAAACCAGCCGAACCUGCUUCUGAGGCUCCAGUUGAUUCUAAGGCUGAGGCUCCUCCAGCCGAAGCCGCCCCAGAUGCUCCAGAGAAAUCUGCUGAAGAGACCCCAGCAGAGGCCAAGGAGGCUCCGAGUGCAGUUCCAACCGAAACUCCAGCGGAAACACCUGACGAGGCACCCAAGACUCCGGAUGACGCCCCAGCGACAGAACCCGAAGAGCUUGUUUUGACGAAGCAACCAACGCCCAGUGGUAUGACAAAUGACGACGAAACUGCAGCUGCUUCCGCUGCCGCCAAGGAGGAAGAAGAGGAAGCCGAUGAAGAGCCCAUCAAGGUAGAGACUGUUGGGGUAGAUACGGUUGACGAGUCGGUGCCUGAAAAGGUGGAGGAAGUUCCUUCAGUCAUGACGGAGCAACGCGAUGCACCAGAAGAAGCCGAGUCCAGGAAAUCAAGCAGGUCCAAGAAGUCUAAAGGAUCCAAAUGGUCAAAGAAGGAAUCCCACUCAGACAUCAAGAAGACGCCAUCAUCGCCGAAGAAGCUGUCACGACGAGAAGCUCAACAACGAGAGCAGGAGCGAAUGAAAUACAGAAGUCGGCAUGUCAAGAACCUUCACAAGGACACAGGCAGAGAUGAAAUUGAGCGUGCACGGAAUUGCGAUUCGAGCACCAUCGCGUCCUCUCCUGCAAUUAGUUUUGAUCUCAUGGCUAACGAUUCCAUGAAUUCCGAAAAGUCCACACUUGAUGCUAUGAUCCAAGAUGCCCUUAAGAGAAUUGAUAGAGCAAAGGAUUAUGUUGACAUGAACCUCCAAUCGUCAAUGUCAGUGUCUAUGUCUGCCACUGAGUAG